GUUGCUUCGUUUGCAGCUCAUACUCCAGAUAACAGUUUUCUUGGGUUUGUUGUGGAACAGCAUCUGAACUCCAGUGAUAUCAAGCACUUCAAUGUCAUCAAAAGGCAAGAUCAAUCACUUGUUUACGGAAAAGUUGAUAACUUCUGGAAGGAUAAAAAGUCCUAUUUGGAUGUCAUUCACACCUAUACGGAAGUCCAUGGAACUGUCCAUGGGACAAGUGCUGUCUAUAUGCCCAGCUAUGUUAAAAACCAUGGGAUUCUCAGUGGCCGAGAUUUACAGUUCUUGCUAAGAGGAACAAAACUUUUUGUGGGCCUUGGCUUCCCAUAUGAGGGUCCUGCACCUUUGGAGGCUAUUGCAAAUGGAUGUGCAUUUUUGAAUCCAAAAUUUAAUCCACCAAAAAGCAGCAAAAACACAGACUUCUUCAAAGGCAAGCCAACUCUUAGAGAGUUGACAUCUCAACAUCCCUAUGCUGAAGUCUACAUUGGGAAGCCUCAUGUUUGGACAGUAAAUAUCAAUGAUCUUUCUGAAGUGGAACAAGCGGUGAAAGCAAUUUUGAGACAAAAGAUUGAACCUUACUUGCCUUUUGAAUUCACAUGUGAAGGAAUGCUUCAGAGAAUGAAUGUGUUCAUUGAGAAACAGGAUUUCUGUCAUGGGCAAGUGAUGUGGCCUCCGUUAAGUGCUCUUCAAGUUAAAAUUGCUGAAACUGGAAAAUCGUGUAAACAGGUUUGUCAAGAAAAUCAGCUCAUCUGUGAGCCAUCUUUUUUCCAGCACUUGAAUAAGGACAAAGACCUCUUGAAGUACAACAUUCAGUGUCAUACAGUUGAGUCUGCAAAUGAUAUUCUGGUCCCAUCUUUUGAUGAAAAGAAAAAGCACUGUGUUUUCCAGGGUGAUCUUUUGCUGUUCAGCUGUGCAGGAUCUCAUCCAAACCUCAAAAGGAUCUGCCCUUGUAGAGACUAUCUUAAAGGACAAGUUGCACUGUGUAAAGACUGUCUAUAGCAGGACAUUAAUGUGACUUUUCGAAGUGGCUUGGAGAAACCCAUUUUGUGCACUUUGCUACUGCAGACAAAAGAGUUCUUCUGCUGAAGAGCAGAAAUCUGUACCAAGAAAGGGCAGAUAAGUGAUAUAAAUGUUUAAAAAACCUCAACUUUUUAUGUUUUUGUUUUCUGAAGUAAGCUACUCCAGCCAAGUUCAUAGAAAUCUCUUUAUUCAAAGAAGUGACAAAUCAAGUUCCAACAAGGUAAAACAAGAGCUUGAGAUAGGUUGGGGUUUCCCCCCAGGGACUCCUCACGAUGGACAGUUUGUCAAUAUCACAUCCAGUAGAAAAAAAUAUCAACCUGAAAGGAUUGGAUAGUGCAGAAGAGACUAAGACUUAUCGUAGGUAUGCUAAAUGGUGGUGCUGCUCCCAUCGACUUGGAACUACAAGGUCAUGCAGCUGCUGAAAAGCAUCACCAGAUCUUGGUCACUUUUUGACUCAUCCCUUGUCUUUCUCCAGCGUCACUGCUUGAGAGAGCCACGCAAGGGAACCUUCCAAACCAGGACUGGUAGCUGACAGACUGACAGAUCCUUUUGGCUUGAUCCUGGGUUAUGAUUGUGGCAUUAAUCAGGGUUUUAAUAGCCACAUAAACACCCAAUUUUUAAAAAUGCUCUUGUUUCGAACUCUGUAUUCCCUUUCUGACUUGUCCAAAGGUUUUGCUUAGGGUGUUUGUUAGAAAUACUGUGUAAUCAUUGGAAGCAAAAUGGUUUCAUUGGAGCAAUAUUUUAUUUCUUGAAUUUGCUGUAAGGUAGCAAAACAGCAACUAAAAUAUGAAAAUAGAAAAAAGACCAUUACAAAAUGAUACAUGGUAGAAGAGUGGUCUUCCCUGGUAUCUUGUAGGAAUUUAAAGAACAAUUAUGGCCUGCAAAUAAUGGCUAUGAAAAGGGGAGUUUAUUUUCUGCAGUCCUCAGUUAAAAAGUGGGUAUGUGGAAAUAGGCCAUUUAUUUUUUAAAUUGCGAUUAAUCCAGAAUAUUGAAGUCAAACGUUGCUUGUAGACAGGAUUUAAGCUGUUCCUUAAACAAAAAUGCACAGUAACUUUUUUUUAAUGUUUUUUUCAGCACAACUGACACAUCUUUAAUGCACUGCUUGUGGAUAGGAAAAAAGCAUUGAAUUGAAAAUGAAUGUCUUGUCAUUUUGCAGCUAGGUUGGAAAGGCCUGGGAGCAGGGAGCGAGAGGAGGGGAGAGACUUGGACCAUUUGCAAAAUAAAAACUAUUAUUUCCCUCCUUUGUAAACAUCAGUUAAUUACUAUUUCUACUGAUAGAAUAAUAUGCCUACUUUUAAUCUUUUGUAAUCUAUCAGCUCAUUACUUGAUGCAUUAUUUUAUAUCUGAAGGUCAUUGCAUAUCUCUUGACUUGCUGAAGACCACAAAAGAAACAUUUUUUGAACAAAUUGCCAAGUUGAAGUCAAUUUUUCAAAAAAAAAAAUAGUUAAAAUACAUUUAAAUCUGUGUGAACAUAGUAUUUACAGAAACCAAUUAUUUAUAUUAAGGGACAUAAUGCCAGACCUGGAUAAAAUCUGAAUAAGAAAAAUGUUACUUAAAAAAAUAUUUAUGUCAUAUAUCCAGAAGCACUCUGUAACAAGAAAUAUAUUAUCAAAAUUGAAAUACGUUAUGUGUAGAAUUAAAAAUUACUAAGGAGUGAGCUAACUUCAAAAUUAGGAUUCAUUGAAUUGAAUUUCAGAUUGAAAACAUUACUGCCAAAUGUAACUCUUGGAAUCUAAGCAUGUGUGUUUUUUAAGUUAUCAAACUUAGAUAAUUUCUAAAGCCAAGAAUUAUAUGUAUGUACACAUCAUGAGUUCAACCGAACCCACAGACUUGGCACUUCUAAUUGCUGUAGCAGCAAAACAAUUUGAUAAUAUUUGUGCUGUAAAUACAUCUUUGUUAAUGUAUUCCAAUUAAUUUAUCUUGAAUAAUGGUGGACUGCUUUAAGUCCAAUAUUUCUUUUUCCAGAAAAGCUAACAAUAAAGCAUGAAAUACAAAAUCCAGGCAAAUUUUGCAGGAAAGAAUGGAAAUGAUCAGAAAUCACAUCAUUUGCUUGGAAUCUUUCCUUCAUCAUUAAUAUGGAUUUUAUAUUCUGAUGCUGAAUUGUGAAUGUGUGCCUGUGUGUUUGUAUUCAUAAAUUGCUUCACGGAGUAAUAAUAUAUUAACAUCCAAACAAGCCCUGAGAACUAAAAUAGGGUGUUGGUUGGUCCAGUCAGUAAUUAUAGACUUUCAGUCAGAGGUAGAUCUGCUAAUUGCUAGUCUUGUAAUUCAACAUAGAUAUACAUGUAUUGAGAGAGAAAGAGAGAAAUGGUUGCAACUUAACAAAAUGAGGACAGUUUUGGGGAAAGUAGAAUUAUUAUAGUUCUUAUAUUUUUGCAGUACUUUUAUAAUGUCAUUGAGAAUAGGGUCAGACCUUCAAUAGUUUCUUUCAAUUAUUUCAUAGUUGACGGCAGUUUUUUAUGACAGUAAUAUGGUGUUGAUCCUGAAAGGAAAGUUGUGUAUAUUAGGCCUUUCUAUCAUAAGUAUAUAUUUAUUUACUAUAACAAUUUGGUGGAAUAAAAUCAGAAAGUUUCAACUAAAUAUGUUUUUGUCAGUACAGAUAGAUUUGACUUUUUUUUUCCAUGGAAGACUUCUGUUAAAAUGCAGAUAUUAACAAGUCUAGUUCCACUGAGCACUGUAUUAUAAGCUGAAGGUUGAGGGAGUUGUCCAAGAUGUCAUUAAAGUUACACAGAUUUAUUGAUGAAUCUGUUAUUUCCUUCUUUUUUCUUGAAAAUAUAGAACCAACAGAAGGAAUAUUGGGGGAUCUAAGAAAACAAGCAGAACUACAACAAUUUCAUCAUGCAAAUUUAGGGCUAGAUUGAUUACUAGAAAUGAGUCAGAAAUGAAUAUGGGUGAGUGAAUUGGAUAUGGAUCAAAAAAUAAAAAUUAUAUGACAAAGAUUAAUCCUAAGCUACAAAUUUUCAUGUGUCAAGAACAUUGCCUUUAUUUUACAAAUUUGUUUGAACUGAUAUUUUUUAAAAUCUGUGAGUUUACCAAAACCUGAGAGAAGCAUUUGCAUAAUUUAUUUUAAAAAAUAACAUUAAAAGUUUGCCUUUGAAAGGUAAAGAUUGAAUACACUGUUUAAAAAUGCCAAUAAAAACCUCAUUUAUUUCAUA